AUGUCGAUGGAGUACUCCGUGGGUAGAUCGCUACAGACUACUAAAGUAAUCGGGGGAAUUAUUUACCUACUAACUGGUUACUCUGGACUCUGCACUCCUACUAAAGAUGCGCCCAGCUUCAGCCCUGAGUAUUGCAGUCCCAAUCGGGUAUCGGGUGAUGCGGCUCGUCUCGUCAGCUGGACUCCUGAACAGACAGACGGUUCUUUGCUUUUUAGUCUCCCUCCUGGUUUGUUUCAACCCGGCUCAUCCUCGUGCCUCGUGCUGAACAUAUCCCAGCCUCACGCUUGUGGAUGUGGGUCGGCGGAGAUCGAACAUCAAGUCAGUUGUUCCUGGCAGCGUUUUCCCACCAGAUCUACUGCUAAGACCGAUCUAAAGUAA